UCUCUCCCACAAGGAGGGGAGGAGUCGGUACGGCUGCAACUCAGAUCCAGUCCCAGUCGCGCUCGCACAGAAGCCCACUGUUCCCUUUCUCUUUGGGUCAUGUCAGUGUCGCCUAUGCUCUGUACUCUGGCUGCCCUGGCAGCGACGGCGCUGCUGGCGGAAUGCCUUACCAGAAACUUCUACGUGGCCAUCAGGGAAGAAGAGUGGGACUACGCGCCGAAUGGCACGAGCGCCGAGCAGCACGAAAGUGCUUCAGUCUUCUUAACCCAAGGACCUCACAGAAUUGGUCAUGUCUACAGAAAGGCUGUGUAUCGACAGUACAGUGAUGACACUUACACACAAGAGCUCCUUAAGCCCUCCUGGUUGGGGUUCCUUGGUCCUGUCCUCAAGGCAGAAGUUCAUGAUGUUCUUGUUGUCCACCUAAGAAAUUUGGCCUCACGACCGUACUCCCUGCAUCCACAUGGGGUUUUCUAUGAUAAGGACUCUGAAGGUGCUCUAUAUCCGGAUGGAACAACUGGAAAAAGGAAAAAGGAUGACGCUGUCCUUCCAGGGGGCAACCACACAUAUACCUGGACAGUGAAAGAUGAGUAUGCACCUACAGAAGCAGACCCCAACUGUCUUACAUGGGUCUACCACUCCCACAUUGAUGCACCAAGGGACAUAUCUUCUGGUUUAGUUGGGGCACUGUUGACUUGUAAAAAAGGUGUGUUGCAGGGAGAGCAUCGCAAUGAUGUGGACCGAGACUUUGUCUUGAUGUUCAGUGUGGUUGAUGAGAAUCUUAGCUGGUAUCUUGAGGAGAACAUUGAAACCUUCUGCUCAGACCCUUCCAGUCUAAACAAGGAUAAUGAGGACUUCCAGGAGAGCAACAGAAUGCAUGCUAUCAAUGGCUUUGUGUUUGGAAAUCUUCCUGGCCUCGAAAUGUGCACUAAUAAGGCUGUGUCAUGGCAUUUGUUUGGGAUGGGCAGUGAAGUGGAUAUUCAUUCAGCAUACUUCUUUGGACACACAGUUUUAAAUCGGGGUCACCGAGCAGAUGUGGUCAGUCUUUUUCCAGCCACCUUCGUCACAGUAGAAAUGUUCCCAAGAAACCCUGGAAAAUGGCUGCUGAGCUGUCAAGUGAAUGAUCACAUCCAAGCUGGCAUGCAGGCCCUUUACCAGGUUUUCACUUGUGACUUGAACACCACUGUAGCCCCACCAGCUGGUAGGAUAUUGCAUUACUACAUUGCUGCAGAAACUGUUAUGUGGGACUAUGGCCCCCAGGGGCGUAAUGCAUUUGAUGGGCAACUGUUGAAUGCAACAGGAAGCAACUCUGAACCCUACUUCAGCCAAGCAUCUGGUAGGAUCGGUGGCCGUUACCUCAAAGUGAUGUAUGUGGAGUACAGUGACAACACCUUCACCAAGAAGAAACCAAGAACUGAAAAUGAGUUUCAUUUGGGUAUUCUGGGCCCAGUUAUCAAGGGGGAAGUGGGUGACACCAUUCUUGUGAUGUUUAAGAACAAAGCAGACAGAAAUUACAGCAUUCAGGCACAUGGUUUGUCUUACAGUAAAGAGUCUGAGGGUUCAUUCUAUGUAGAUGGUGUCAAGAAACCUGGUUGCCAAGUCCAACCUAAUAAUGUCUUCACAUAUCGCUGGGUGUUGUUAGAUGGGCCAACAGCCAGUGAUCCAGACUGUCUUACAUACAUUUAUUAUUCAUCUGUGGACCCAGUCAGAGACACUAACUCUGGAUUGGUUGGACCAUUGCUAGUAUGUAGGAAGAAUGAGAAUGGCCACCAGAGCAACAUAGAUGACCACUUCUUUUUGCUCUUUACUGUCUUUGAUGAGAACCUCAGUUGGUACCUGUCAUCCAGCAUUGCAGCUACAAAUGAUCCUUCUGGUUUUGAAGUGGACAGUGAAGAAUUUCAUGAGUCAAACAAAAUGCACGCUGUCAAUGGCUAUAUGUUUGGGAAUAUGCCCACCCCUGUUAUGUGUGCAGGAUCUAAUAUUUCUUGGCACCUCCUGGCACUGGGCACAGAGGUGGAUUUGCAUAGUGUCCGCUUCCAAGGGAACACCAUCCAGAAACAGGGUAACACCAGAGAUACAGUCAGCUUGUUUCCACACACAUCAGAUUCGGUGCUCAUGCAAGUGAACGUUGUAGGAGACUUUGAGAUCAGUUGCAGUACAGCUGACCACUACUCUGGGGGCAUGAGACAGCUUUACUCUGCCAGAGCCUGCAAAGAACUGAGACCCCCAGUUAACCCUGUCGGUGUGGUGCGGACAUACUACAUUGCUGCUGAGGAGGUGGAGUGGGAUUAUGCUCCAAACAGGUCCUGGGAACUGGCGAGGCAUAAUACUACUGGAGAGCAGAGCUAUGGCCACACAUUUAUUGACAAAGGACAUGGGCGAAUUGGAUCCAAAUAUAAAAAAGUAGUAUACCGGGAGUAUAGCAAUGGGCACUUCACAAAAAGGAAAAGUCUGUCUCCAGAAGAGGAACACCUACAGAUACUUGGACCACUAAUUAAAGCGGAAGUUGGAGACAUAAUCUUAAUUGUAUUUAAGAACAUGGCCACCCGUCCAUACUCUAUUGAAGCUCAUGGAGUGCAGCAGGAGAUUGUGUACCAUGGUUCAAGAAACACAGCACCAGGUCAGGUGCAGACCUACAGGUGGAAUGUUCCAGAGGGCAUGGGCCCCAGCCCUAGUGACUCCAACUGUCUCACUUGGGCUUAUCAUUCAGGCACAAACUUUGUUAAGGAUACCUACAGUGGACUUGUGGGGCCACUCAUUACAUGCCGCCGUGGGGUUCUAGAUGUUCAUGGCAGAAGAAAAGAUGUCGACAGAGAGUUUGCAUUGUUGUUCAUGGUGUUUGAUGAAAACCAGUCCUGGUAUCUGGGUGACAACAUUGCCCAGUAUCUGCACACUGAUCUGCAGACCAUAGAAAAUGAUGAGGAUUUCUUGGAAAGCAACAAAAUGCAUGCAAUAAAUGGCAAAGUCUUUGGGAAUCUGCAUGGCCUUGUGAUGACCCAGGGAGAGAAGACAGAAUGGUAUCUGUUGGGAAUGGGCAGUGAAGUUGACCUGCACACAGUGCACUUCCAUGCACAGACAUUUAUUGUUAAGACUGAUCAAGAACAUCGGGCAGAUGUCUAUGACUUAUUUCCUGGUACCUUCCAGACAAUAGAACUUAUGGCAGGAAAUCCAGGGACAUGGCUCCUACACUGCCACGUGAAUGAUCAUAUCCAUGCUGGGAUGGAGACGGUCUUCACCGUUCUGAACCGUGGAGGUGAUGUGCCAUUUUCAAGUGAGGAUUCUCACCUUCAAGACGCUGUACAAGAAAUGACGGUUGACUUCUUUGGGAAGGAGCUGGAUAAGCAGCAGGCAAAGGAUGCACUGAUCUCUCUCUUUAUUGUAGGCCUUCUGCUGCUGAUUGGGCUCUGUAUGGUGUUGGGAUGGAUUUCCAUCUUACAGAGGAGAAAGGGCAGAUAUCCUCAGCAUGGACUGAUGACAUUAAACGACAGUCUGUAGGAUCACUAAAAUUAAGAUCCAUGUUGUGCUAAGAAGACGUUGGUGCCUUGCACUAGUUUAAGGAAGCCAGAAUUGGAUACUGGAAAGUAUGAGUGUACUAGGCACAGCCUCCUAAAAUAUCAUUUGAGCUGUGUUACCCACCUUUUUGUUAUUUCUGGCACUUUGAGGUCUUGCCUAAUCUAGUCACACAAUUGCUAAUGAAUGGGCCACCUCUGUUGUAAUUUAUUUGCAUUGUGUUUUACCUGGUAUGGUCAUUCUGAUAUAUUAAGUUGUCCACUGCUUGCACACCUCAAGGUAAUCAAACUGGAACACGUUUGUAUUAGUGGCCUUCGUGAAACCAUUCAGGUGCCACAUUCCCCUGAAUGGUAUUUAAAGCACCUGCCUAGAUAACUGACCACAUGUCUUUACCUUGAUCUUUAAACGAAAGAUACUGUGACAACAUGACACCUUGUACACGUCCAAUAAGCAAUGCUCAUCUGCUUGCACUUCUUUACAUUUUGUAUAAAGUAAAAAUGAAAAUUUGCUAUAUUUUUUCAGUUCACUUUAAACAAUUGUUGGCACAUCCAAGAUUUUGUAUAUGAUUUAGUCUCAUAACUUCACAUUCAUGGCACCAUUGAGCAGCUGUAUUUCAGUGACCAGGAAAUUCACUGCAAGAGAACAUUUUCCUUGUGUGAUGCUGUAAGGAGGUCUUGAGGGAACUGGUUCUUGUGAGCCAUAUCAUUUUUCUUUCUUUUGCUGUUUAUACCUAAUUAGAUAUUUUUAUGGAUUAUGACAUGUUUAGGUGGUUGUGUGGCAAAGUGAUUAGUUCUGUUCCCUCACUACUCCAGAGCCCCUGAUUCAUAUCCUAGUCUGGAGUGGAAGAUUAUUUCCCCACCUUAGCAAGGAUUUUUCUCUGAUACACUUAUGUACAGUGGAUGUGGGGUGAAAACCAAGAUUAAACUGACUCCCCAUUAGUACGUGACUGCAAGUAAGCAUGUUUUUGCCUCGUGAUCAAGGACAGAAUAUCCAUAUGGGCAACUGGACAAGUGCCUAGGAGCACCAGAAAAAGUCACUCAGGUUGUCACUAGCCAGGCCAGAAAUAUAAUAAAUUAAAUUACAAUCACCAUUUCCAAGAAAAACAACAAGUGACUUCAGAUAAAUUUUGUAAUGUGGCCAUGUUAUAUUACAUCAGGAACCCAAACACUACUUAGACUGGGCUGGAACUUCUUUCAUACCUUGUGACUUUACUACCUUCAAUGACUUACUCAUGAUCUUGUGCCGAUUUGAAAAGUCAUUUGGGAGCUCACGAUUUGGGCCAAAAUAGUUUAGUGUAUUAUACUGCAUUUGAUCUAUUGCUGUGUUUGCGUUUGAGGGUGAUUGGGGGCACCAUAGAGUCUUGAACCGGCCCUGCUCAUGAUGGACUGACACAUUGUUCAGGGUUGGUUGCUGCCAGUAUAGCCUCUAAUUCCAAACUUUUCUGAAUUUAAAUAUGUAUUGCUAAAAUUGGUGGCUGAAUGACUUUGUUUGAGUUAAACAUCUGUGUGAAAUGACAUUCUAAAUUGUCAGUGGGCUAAAUUACUUGAAGUUAGUACAGCAUGGAGUUGGGAGGAUGAAGAGAAGGCAGCUUAUACCUACCUCUAGGAAAGGUAAUAGAAGUGGCUGAAGCAAGAGCCUAUGCCAAAAUCCUGAUGAUGAAUUACAUAAAUGCCAACUGACUUGACUUAUUUGGCUGAAUCUAUUAUAAUAACUUCUUAAUUAGAAUGUAUGAUAAUGCAGUAUUGGAGGAUAUAAAUAUCCAGACUGAUCUACCAGGCUGAUCCAAAUUAAACUUAACAGUUAUUAAGGGCAUUGAUUGAAACCACUGAAAAGAUUCACACUUUCCUUCUACCUGUUGAGAGGUUUCAGCAACAGAAGUACAUUAAGUUUCAUAUUUUUCCGUAAGAAGGCACUGAGACAGAUUUUUAAAUUCAUCAAGGCAUAAACAAAUUCAAAUACAGGCACCGUAAAUUUCAGUGGUGAUGUGCUCAUUUCUACUGAGGCCAGGUGACUUACAUUGCUGGCCUAACUUCAACUCUGGAUGGGCCCGAUUUCUGUCAUUUCCCAAAAGAAAAGCUUUGAAAACAAUUUCAAAAUGUGGUACUUUUUUAAACAAUUGUAGCUAUUUUAAUGAAGCCUUCACAUAAUAGGAGUGCAAUUUAGAUAAACAUACAGUGGCGGCUCGCGUAUAGGCACAAACUGCAGCACCCCUUAUUUCCACAUGAUAUUAUCGAUAACAUUUAAUAUAAUUAGUCCUUUUUUCUUUGAUUCCUUUUUUAUACUUGUACAAUAUA